CACAACCUUUCCUAUCGUGUUAUCACCACAGCAUUUUAGGAAGCCAUUGUUCAAAGUGUGUUCAUGCAUACAGUACAAUGGGAGGGGGUGUGGCCUGCACAGGAGAACCAGGAAGUUGAUCUCAGACGUCUAUUUAGGACUGGGAUCCAAUCCGGAGUUGACAGAUUAACAGUGAGGACAAACCUAGUCUGCCUUUCUCCUUUCACACCGAGUUCAAACCUACAGACACUGGGUCCUGAUUGUGACAGUGGAGCCCAGUUUGCACUGCAGGAUCCAGAGAUGGCAUCAGUGAAGCUGGAAGACUGCAGUCAAACACUGGAGCUGAACGUCAACAUUAAAGAUGAAGAAGAAGAGGAGAAGAUUGGGGAAUGUGUCAAUCAUGGCCAAUGCGGAUUAAGUCUGAUUCCGGUAACAUCAACAGUGAGGACAAACCCAGCCUGCCUCUCUCCUUCCACACUGACUCCAAACCUUCAGUCACUGGGUCCUGAUUGUGACAGUGGAGGCCAUUUUGCACUGCAGGAUCCAGAGAUGGCAUCAGUGAAGCUGGAAGACUGCAGUCAAACACUGGAGCUGAAUGUCAACAUUAAAGAUGAAGAAGAGGAGGAGGAGGAGAAGAUUGGAACAUCUGUUUCUCAUGGAUACCAUGUUGAGACAUUCUCUACAUCCAGAGAGCAACAGCAGGAAGGUCACAGAGCUAAGAGGUCUCACCACUGCCCACAUUGUGAGGAGAUUUUCCCAAUUCUAUCAAAGCUAAAAACACACCUAAAAAUACACACAGAAGAAAAUCUGUAUUCCUGCACUGACUGUGGAAAGAUUUUCACAACAUCAAGGGCUCUGACAGUUCAUCGGAGAGUACACACAGGAGAUAAGCCUUACAACUGCUCUGACUGUGGGGAGAGUUUCUCUCAACAGAGUAAUUUAAAAAAACACCAACGGAUACACACAGGAGAGAAGCCUUACUCUUGCUCGGCCUGUGGGAGGAGUUUCUCUCAACAGAGCAACUUCAAAAAACACCAACGGAUACACACAGGAGAGAGGCCAUACUCUUGCUCUGACUGUGGAAAAGGCUUCACAACAUCAACUGAGCUAACAGUUCAUCAGAGAACACACACAGGAGAGAAGCCUUACUUCUGCUCUGACUGUGGAAAGAGUUUCUCCCGAUUGGAUACCUUAAAGGUACAUGAACGUGUACAUACAGGAGAGAAACCAUACUCCUGCUCUGACUGUGGAAAAUGCUUCACAACAUCAUCUGAGCUAACAGUUCAUCAGAGAACACACACAGGAGAGAAGCCUUACUUCUGCUCUGACUGUGGAAAAAGUUUCUCCCAAUUGGAGAAGUUAAAAUGUCACCAGCGAAUACAUACAGACCAAAAGUCUUACUUCUGCUCCGACUGUGGGAAGAGUUUCACCCGAUUGGAUACCUUAAAAUGUCACCAGCGUAUACAUACAGGAGAGAAGCCUUACUCCUGCUCUAAUUGUGGGAAGAGUUUCACCCGAUUGGAUACCUUAAAAUGUCACCAGCGAAUACAUACAGACCAAAAGUCUUACUUCUGCUCCGACUGUGGGAAGAGUUUCACCCGAUUGGAUACCUUAAAAUGUCACCAAUGUAUACAUACAGGAGAGAAACCUCAUCAGUUCUCUCAGACCAGCUAAGAGUAAAGUCAUUACAUCACUUCAUUCUCAUCUCAUAAAUGAAGUGGUAACAGUGAAUUUGAUAACAUUUAAGAAAGAAUAAAACACUAUUGUGAUCCCAUUGUUUCUCACUGUGAGAGAACUGUGCAGAGGAAAGGGCGUGUUAUAGAAUGUUAGCUUCUUGAUGUUUUACUGAUCAGUGAGCACCAUGUCAGUUUUAUUUAUUUAUUUAAUUUAGCUUUUACUCUAAAGAUAUUGAGAGUACCUUGAAUUUGCCCUUAGGGUUGAAUGCCCUCUGAGGCUUCUCACAUUGUAACAAUGUUGUCUGAUGGUUGACUGGGUGGUACUGCUUCCCUCUGCAGUGUUCUGUGGAAAUGAGCUGGUAGACACAACAUGUGUCAGAGAUGGUGUGAUCAGUCUUCACCAUUAGUUUGGGUGGAUUAUUUUUUACUAUGAAGUAACUUUUGUUUAACGAUACACAUACUUUGAAACGACUACGUGUUUAUUAAAUUGUCUUACUAGAUGUAUUAUCAAAUGUAUUUGGUUAACUGCAUUGAACUUGAUAUGCUAAUUAAAAAUACAUAUUCUACAUUAAUUUGUGCUGGUCAAACUUUGGGUUAUAUAUACAGACAAUGCAAUGUUUUUGUUUAAUUGAUAUUAUUCAAACUCAUUUAAAUGUCUAUGUAUCUACUGAAUACAUGUCAUUACACCUCUACAUGGCAAUUAGUCCCCAGUAUGUUCUACAAUGCAUACAAAUCAUGUUUUGCAGUAUAAAGGACAUGUUUUCAUAUUUAAAUAAAAUAACAUUUAUUUUGUCAAUGUA